CUUACUUCCGCUCAAGUUUUAACAGUUGUUUCCCUUUACUAGCCAGUUUCCGGCAGUUGUUCAUGUAAAGCACGUGUGACGAGCACGCCUCAGUGAAGCGAAAUAUUCGCAGAGAGGGUCAAUAAGUAAAAAAAAUGACCACAAACGAGUACGUAAACCCCAAGGCCUACCCUUUGGCAGAACCUCAGCUGACACAGAACAUUCUUGACCUUGUGCAGCAGGCAGCUAACUACAAGCAGCUGAGAAAAGGUGCCAAUGAAGCAACAAAGACACUGAAUCGUGGAAUUGCAGAAUUUAUUGUGAUGGCUGCAGAUGCCCAGCCUCUUGAGAUCCUGUUACAUCUCCCUCUUCUGUGUGAAGACAAGAAUGUACCAUAUGUUUUUGUGCGUUCUAAACAAGCUCUUGGCCGAGCUUGUGGAGUUUCACGCCCAGUGAUUGCCUGCUCAGUGACAGCAAAAGAUGGAUCACAGCUGAAAAGUCAGAUAACUGCAAUUCAAAACAGCAUCGAGAAAUUGCUCAUAUAAACUUGUGAGAAUGUCAGGAAUAUUCUUAUAUUUUGCACCUUCUGUACCUUUCCUGAGAAGACCUAAAUAGGGAUUGGAUCGUCUGUCAUGUCAUUUGUCUUGUUUUCAUAGAUGAGAUAACAGUUACAGAGUAAGCUUCGUGUAACCGAAUGGGUUGUACUGUUUAUACUUCAUAUUAUAUGCAAUUAAAAAUGGAAAAAGAAACC